UCUCUGAAGCUCUCUGGACUAUAAUGCUGACAGCGUCUGCUCUACUGCUGCUCCUGCUUGGCUCUGGCAUCGGUGCCAUGCCCAACGGACACUGGGAACACCAGGGAUCGUCUCGUUGUGUGCCCAUCCCAAGCAACAUGGCCUUGUGCCAGGGUCUAGGCUACAACAGCAUGCGAAUGCCCAACUUGCUGGGACAUGAAUCUCCAGCUGAAGCCGUGCAGCAGAGCACCAGUUGGCUGCCGCUCCUCGCCCGAGAGUGCCACCCGCAUGCCCGCAUCUUCCUGUGCUCACUCUUCGCUCCUGUUUGCCUUGAGAGGAUCAUUUCACCAUGCAGGAGCUUGUGCAUCUCAGUACGGGACAGCUGCGCCCCCAUCAUGAACUGCUACGGUUACCCCUGGCCUAGAAUAUUACAAUGCGACCAGUUUCCCAAAGAUCACCUCAUGUGCAUUUCCUCAGUUGCGCAUAUGCAAAACGCCACCAGCAAUGAAGGACGAGUGGUGCCGCGUGCGAGCUGCACAGACUGUGAGUUGGAGGAGGCCACGUCAUCCAAAGAAAUGCUUGACCUCUUCUGUAAAAGUGACUUUGUGGUUAAAGUGCGUCUAUCCAAGCUGAACUCUAGCAGUUCUGUCCUGACGAUGUUCUCCCUGGGCUCUCGUGUGGAGGUCCUAAAGCACGGUCCGCUGCUGGGAGGGGAAAUGAGGAGUCGUCUGACACUGUGGUUGGAGCGGGACGCCACCUGUGUGGGCAACCUGACCCGCAAUCAUCCCGACGGAGGGACCUUUCUGUUGACGGGCACUGUGACGGGCAAGAGGCUGCUAGUCACUAAAGCAUUUAGCUGGGGAAAACGCCAGCGGCAUAUCAACCAAGCAGCACGCAAGUGGAAAAGCCAUCGGUGUAGAGGGUAGAGUUUCAGACGGCGGGACCGAAACGUAUCUCAGAGUGUUCAUAAUGUUGUAAAUAA